AUGAAGAGGAGUAUGGAGCUGAGGAGUAUUAGGGAUGAUAAGGAGAAGGGGGAGGUGGCUGCCGUUAAACCCGCUGACGUUUCUGGUGAUGAUCAAAGCGAAAAACUCAGCCUGAUCAAAUUCGCGUCUCUGAUCGAGUCCAGCUUCAAGACGGGCACCAGGGUCCUCAACCUCUCAAACAAGCUCAUGGACCAGGUCGACUGGCUCCCCGCCUCCAUAUCCAAACUCUCCACUCUCGUAACCCUCAACCUCUCAGACAACCAGCUCUCUGGGCUACCGACAUCCAUAGGGUCUCUCCCCUCCCUGAAGAACCUGGACCUCCACUGCAAUCGUCUAAUCGACGUCCCCAGCUCCAUCGGCGGUCUCCUCAACCUCCUAACCCUGGACCUGAAAGGCAACCAGUUGACCUCCAUACCCACCACAUUGUCCCACCUAACGAACCUCGUCGAACUUGACCUGAGUUCGAACAGGAUCAGCAUGAUCCCAGACUCGAUCGGAAGCCUGGCCAGCCUGAAGAAACUAAACAUCGACGCGAACAACGUCGAAGAGCUCCCGCACACCAUCGGCCACUGCGUAUCGCUCGUUGAGCUCCGCGCAGACUAUAACCGUCUGAAGGGGCUUCCGGAAGUCAGGUACAACAACAUAAAGAGCCUGCCAACGACGAUGGCUUCGUUACGGAAGCUGAAGGAGCUCGACGCGAGCUUCAACGAGCUGGAGCAUGUUCCGGAGAGCCUGUGCCUGGCGACGACGAUCGUGAAGCUGAACGUCAGUAACAAUUUUGCGGACAUGAGGGCGUUGCCGAGGUCGAUCGGCAAUUUGGAAAUGUUGGAGGAGUUGGACGUAAGCAAUAAUCAGAUCAGGGCCUUGCCGGAUUCUUUCGGGAUGCUGUCGCAUUUGAGGGUGCUUAGACUGGAGGAGAACCCGUUGAAGGUGCCACCCAAGCAUAUCGCUAAGAUGGAGGCGCAGGCUGUUGUGGAGUAUAUGGGCGAAUUUGUUGCCAAAAAGGCGAUUAAGUUGCAGCCAUUGAAGGCCACGGAGAGCUGUUCAAAGCUCUGCUUCUUCUCCAGAGCUAACAAAAGGAAACAUGAUGACUUGGACUACAGAAGAUCCUGAGACUUGUAUAUUAUGUGUUCAAUCCUAAAUGUGUCGA